AUGGAGCACCAGCCCAACACCAACCACAACCAGGCCUUGUGGAAAGAGAUACCCUGGGAUUUCACCGAGGACUGCUCGCUCUCGGUGAGCGGCACCACUUUCCUCAUAGUCGCCUACAGCACGGUGAUGGCUGUGGGGCUCAUUGGGAACUCUUGCCUGGUGUUUGUCAUCACACGACACAAGGAGAUGCAAAACGUCACCAACAUCUUCAUCGCCAACCUGUCGUGUUCUGACAUCCUCAUGUGCAUCGUGUGCCUGCCGGUCACGAUCAUCUACACCCUGAUGGACCGCUGGAUCCUCGGAGAAGCCCUGUGUAAGCUCACACCCUUCAUCCAGUGCAUAUCUGUUACCGUCUCCAUCUUCUCCCUCGUCCUCAUCGCCAUGGAGCGAUACCAGCUUAUCGUCCACCCAACCGGGUGGAAGCCUGUAGUGACUCAGUCGUACCUGGCUGUGGCGUUCACCUGGGUGGUGGCCUGCCUGAUCUCGGUGCCUUUCCUCUCAUACAGCGUCCUCGCCUUGCCUUUCCAGAACCUGAGUAUCCCAUUCCCAGUUGGUGACCAUCUUGUCUGUAUGGAGCGUUGGCCUUCGGUUCAAGAGCGGCGAGCUUACACCACCUCCCUCCUCAUCUUUCAGUACUUCCUCCCCCUUGUCCUUAUCAUGGUCUGCUACCUGCAUGUGUACCUGCGCCUCAGGAGGAGGAAGGACAUGGUGGAGCGCGGAUCGAGGAACACCACCCAAAAGAAAAACAAAGGCUCCACAAGGAUCAACGCCAUGUUAGUCGCCAUCGUCGUGGCGUUCGCCCUCUCCUGGCUCCCUCUCAAUAUCUUCAACACUGUGUUUGACUGGAACCACGAGGCCAUCCCGUCCUGUGGCCACGAUGUUAUCUUCUCCUUCUGCCACCUCACGGCCAUGGCCUCCACCUGCGUCAACCCCAUCAUCUACGGCUUCCUCAACAGCAACUUCCAGAAGCAGCUCAAGUCCACCCUGCUGCGCUGUCGCUGUUGGGGGGUGGCGGAGCGGUAUGAAAGCGUCCCGCUCUCCACUGUCAGCACAGAGGUUACCAAAGGGUCAACCCUCAGCAACGGAUCUAUCAGCAUCAACACUUAG